AUGGCUGAUUUACCGACAACACGUACUACAACAAGUAGGCUAUUUUUAAAUGUAGGAAUUGACUACGGCGGGCCCUUUGUCAUAAAAAUUUGGCGAAACAAAACCGACAAGGCUUAUAUGUGUAUUUUUGUAUGUUUUUUGACUCGAGCGGUACAUUUAGAGUUAGUUGUAGAUUUAAGUACAGCAGCAUUCAUGAGAGCCUUACAAAGAUUUAUAGCUCGUCGGGGCAAAUGCGCAAGUAUAUAUUCGGAUAAUGCGAAGAACUUCGUAGGAGCAAACAACGAGUUGCGAGAAGUUGCUGAUAUGUUACGGAAUCCAGAGCAUCACGCGAAGAUCUCAGAUUUUUUAGCUGAAAAUUCUAUUAAAUGGAUUUUCAUUCCCCCUCACUCCCCACACAUGGGAGGUUUUUGGGAGGAGUCUAUCAAAUCUGCAAAGGUUCACUUACUGAAAAUAAUUGAAACCACACCACUUAGCUAUGAAGAAUUAUAUACUAUACUGGUACAAAUUGAAGCAUGCCUAAACUCGAGACCUCUGUGUCCGAUAUCCGACGGUGGCACAGAUUUGGCUGUUCUGACUUCAGGUCAUUUUAUAUAA